AUGACAAUCAACGCCAACAAAGCCGUCGCCCGUGGCGCGGCCCUGCAAUCCGCUAUCCUGUCACCCCGGUUCAAGGUUCUUCCCUACAACAUUCACAAAUUCCAAGCCUGGCCCUUUCAACUGCAAUGGGACAAGGACGCCAACGACGAGGCGCAAGGCAUGGAAGUGGACGCCACCACGGGUGCCCAGCCGACCAAUGCCGUUGUCAUGUUUGACCGCAGUUUGUCCUUUACCAUUGUGCGUCGGAUGACAUUGAAACGGAACCAGGGAACCUUCGCCGUGCUGACGGAAUACAAUAAAAAGGCCCUCGAAUACGGCUUGCCGGCUUUUGGAAACGCAAUUGCGACCUUUUCCGUGCAGGCGCCCAUAUCCGAGGAAGCCAAAAAAAUUUGCGUCAACGUCAAAGAGGAUAUUCACGGUAUCAUCCAACUGAGUUUGGCACAAAUGAUGGAAGAGAUUGCCAACAAGGAGGAAUCCGAGAUGUCAGAUCCUUCUCCCCUUAAGGAUGGUGAGGAAGAUGCCGCUCUGGAGAACAAGAAGAAGGUGAAAAAGACCAAUUUGGUCUUUACCACGACGCGUCCGUUGGAUUGGACCGAUGGCAAAAUUCAAAAGGCGUACCAGGUUGAACUGGCCAUGGCGCUCAAGGACAAACUCGUGCAAGAACCGUCCGACAAACGUAACAAACUCAAGGCCUAUAUUUACGGUAUGCGGGACAAGGUUGGUUUGGAUUUGGCUCUGGGAUUGUUCGGUACCGACGCGGAAAAGGCCGCCUUUACUACCCAAAACGAAGCGAUGGAUAAUUGUCAGAGUCUUGACCAAUAA